GGUAAUCACCCAUGAAAAAGCUCUCCCAGAGUUUCAUUCACGUUAGUAAUAAUAAAAUAAAAACCGAGACAGAGUGACCCUGCGAACCGUUCUGUAUCAUCCAAAGCUGUGCACCAAAUCCUUAUUCCAUAGUUCCAUUCACAUUCCUUCUUCUCCCAGGGAAACCCUCUGAUCUCUGCACUAUGUUUCAAUCAACCAAAAUGUCGAAUUUUAGUGUUGAUUUCAACUACCGCCAUUUCCAAGCCAAUGGAAGUGGUCUGAGUAGUAACGAGGUUGUUGUGAUUGUCAUUGCUUGCCUUCUCGUUUUUCUUGCCUUCUCUUGGUGUCUGUGUGAGAGACUUAUGUUGCUUUUAUCUCUUUAUGACCCAAGACGACGUCCGGCUGCCAACAGCCACAACCGCCCAGUGGGGCUCGAGCUUUCCUCUUGGGAGGGAUCUGGAGGUAGUCCAAUCCCUGCUGCGACUAGCCCUAGCAGCCACCAAGCGCCACUCUCUCCAUCUGGAGGCUGGACAAGCCCUGCUGUGGCUAGCCCAACCAGCCACCACGCACCAGGCAGUCCUUAUGGAGGCAACAUGCCACUGGAUCUCGAAGAAUUUGUGGUCGUGGAUGUGGUAUAAGAACAAUCGGAUUCAACAAUAUUAUUGUCCAUGCAUCCAGGACGACGUGGAAAGGGUAAUCCGAGACGCAGCUAAGCAAAUAUUUGCCGAUCAUAGUAUAAUUAGUCUUGUUGUCCGUCAUUAUAUGUCUAGAUUAAUUAAGAGGGGAGAUCUACUUAUAUACAUGCAUAUAUAUGUAAUUGUCGUUAGUAUAAUUAGUCUUGUUGUUCAUCAUUAUUUGUGUGGAUUAAAAGAAGGGAUCUUGG